GCUAGCUCCCUCGCUUAUCCGGUGAUCCAGUUUGUGAGGUCGCGGUUCAUCCUCGUCGCCACCACCUCCAACCUUGCCUUGUAUUAACCCCCUCUCCUCGUCGCGAGCUAUUGCCAGCUUAUUCCUCGAUCGCUCGCAGUCGCAGAAUCCUCUCCAAUAUUCUUCGCUCCAUCGAUCAUCCAUCCCCUGCUCUCUUCGGUGGUGAUCAGUGCGAUCCACCAAUGGCUGCCGUCGUGAACGCGCCAGCGGCUGGUUGUUGCACGGUGGCGGCCCGCUCCUCCGCUUGGCAGCAGCAGCAGCUGCCGCCGUUGAUGAGGGCGAGGAGGUCAAGCAGGGCGCCCGGGCGGCUGGUGGCGGUGGCCGCGGUGGGCGACGUGGCGGCGGAGGGCAACACGUACCUCAUCGCCGGCGCGGUCGCCGUCGCGCUCGUGGGCACGGCCUUCCCCAUCCUCUUCUCGCGCAAGGACACGUGCCCGGAAUGCGACGGCGCCGGCUUCAUCCGCAAGGCGGGCUCGACGCUCCGGGCCAACGCGGCGAGGAAGGACCAGGCCCAGAUCGUCUGCCCCAACUGCAACGGCCUCGGCAAGCUCGGGCAGAUCGACAAGCAGUAGCUCUAGCUCAUGCUAAUUCAUUCACCAAGCACUAUAUAUACAUUAAUUACAGUGAAUUCGGUUCCAUAAUCCAUGCCGGCUCCAUCGAUCAACCGACGCUACAACAAUAUAGGUAGAGAAAUAAUGUCCCAAUUUGCUGUCAACUGGUGUGUGCUGUAUACGUGCCCGUUUGAUCAUCAUCAGCGUGGGUGAAAAGGGUAUACCGGGCACUCUGAAUCUUUUCUGACAGGUUUUGAAAUUUGAAUAAGUGUAUUGGAUGAAUGUGAAUGUCAUUUUUGUCUGUAAUUUUCUUUUUGUCACAAAACAUAUCAGCGUAACGCUGGCAGUGUUUAUCAUUUGUCUCCACCCAUGCAUUUUACCAUUAGUAAGGCCUGCUGGUUCUGAAUCUUCCCUGUACACUUUAUCUAUUUGGGGCUCGUUUUGUAUGGGAUCGGUCGUUCCUCUCUUCUAAACUUGUAAUGAUCUCUCUCAUGUUGAAGUGUGCUGCAUUGCAUGUGGUGGCCACUUUGUAAUAAUAAGAACUCUUUGCAAUUCUUAUCUA